AUGUCAGACCCAUUUGAAGAUACAGUUGAAGUAACCGAAGAGAUUAUUGAAGGAGACUAUGUCCCGGAAGAAGGAGAAAACGUUGAAGUCUUUGACGGUGACUCUUGGACUAGUACUUCUGCUUCACAACCACAAACAACAAGCAGCAGCAACAACAACAACGGUACCAAUGGUGGAUCAUUUGAUGAUGAAAUCUCACCAUCAUCCAACAAUAUUCAUUUCGCAAACGAUGCAAAGAAAUACGAACCAUCUGCUUUAUUAAAGGAACAUAUUGAAAAGCAUGAAAAGUUAUUAAAAGAGAAACAAAGAGUGUCAGAGGAAAAGAGACAAAAGAAGAUUGCUGAUGCCAAGAAAUCAUUGGAAACCUUUUAUGCAGAGCGUGAAACCAAAAAGACAACUGCUCGUCAAAACAACAGAGAUCACAACAAGACAUUGGAAAGCGACUUGUCCAUGUCUAUCAAUGGCAAGAACGAUUCAUGGGAGGUUGUCGUAUCAAUGAUUGAUUUGACUGCCAAACCAACUAGUCACUCACACGUUGAGAAAAAGGAUAAGGAUGCUGACUCUAACAAGAAGGAAAAGCCAGUUGCCCCACCAAAAGAUACCUCUAGAAUGAAGGAAGUAUUGUUAAGAUUAAAAAACAAACCAACUACUGUUUAA